GCUCAGCGGUUCACCAUAGAUUAUCAGGGGUCAGUGUACAGCCACGUCAAAGAUAGAAUUCGUUUCCGCUACAUGGAUCAACAAGACAAUUAUGAAUGCUUUAAACAAUGUAUCAGAGUGACUGGGUUUGGUACAGAGGAGCUACAUCAUAUCGCUGUGGUCGGCCUGGACGAGGCGGAUGCAGCUUCAAUCGCAGUCCUCAAAGCAAGUGCUGUUGGGUGUCAAAAGGGUGACCUCUUGUUCACGCUGGGCGGCAUGGCUGACUUUUCCCUGAUUGCACAUCGUCUCUACGGAGUUUGA